GACGUAAGAGGUGGAUCUGGUUGCCUUGGAGACAGUUUGGCAGUGAAGUUAGGCUCGGCUUCAUAACCCCGCCCACUGUACAUAUACCCCCAGCGGCUCUGACGUCAAUGGACGUCAACCAAAGGAACACGAUGCCUCCUGCGAGCUCCGUAGCAGUCCGGUCCGGUCCGGUCCUGUGUGUGUUUGAAUAACAGCGAGUCGUGUCAGGGUGCUGUGCUCAGCCCACCAGCCCUCGGUGUUAUUAAGAAUGCCUUGCUUUGUAAACUGCUUGCAAAUAAGGACCAAGCUUUGAAAAAAAAAAAAAAAAAAAAAAAAAUGGAUCUUCUUGUUUUUUUUUUUUUAUAGUGUAUAAAUAUUAGAUUUUUCUUGGUGUCUCGGUUUCACCAGCAUGGUCAUGGCGGAUUGUCAACAGAGACGAGGUCCGGUUCGGGUGGGUUUCUAUGACAUCGAGCGCACCUUAGGAAAAGGCAAUUUCGCUGUUGUGAAGCUGGCGCGGCACCGUAUCACCAAGACCGAGGUUGCAAUAAAGAUUAUUGACAAGUCUCAACUGGACGCUGUGAAUCUAGAGAAGAUCUACCGAGAAGUUCAGAUCAUGAAGAUGCUGAAUCACCCUCACAUUAUCAAGCUCUACCAGGUAAUGGAGACAAAAAACAUGCUGUACCUUGUAACGGAGUACGCCAAAAACGGGGAGAUUUUUGACUACCUGGCCACCCACGGGAGGCUGAGUGAACCGGAAGCGCGGCGCAAGUUCUGGCAGAUCCUGUGCGCGGUGGAGUACUGUCACGACCACAGCAUCGUGCACCGUGACCUCAAGGCAGAGAACCUGCUUCUGGACGGACACAUGAACAUCAAGAUAGCCGAUUUUGGCUUUGGUAAUUUCUUCGAGGCCGGGGAGCCCCUGACCACGUGGUGUGGGAGCCCCCCCUACGCAGCCCCGGAGGUGUUUGAGGGGCAGCAGUACGAGGGUCCGCAGCUCGAUAUCUGGAGUCUGGGGGUGGUCCUGUAUGUGCUGGUGUGCGGAGCCCUCCCGUUCGACGGACCCUCCCUGCCUGUGCUGAGAAGGAGAGUCCUGGAGGGUCGCUUCAGGAUCCCCUACUUCAUGUCUGAAGACUGCGAGCAUCUGAUCCGGAGGAUGCUGGUUCUAGACCCUUCCAAGCGACUGACCAUCGCUCAGAUCAAGGAACACAAGUGGAUGCUGCUGGAGGUGCCAGUGCCGCGGCCCGUGCUCUACCAGCAGGGGGCGCUAGAGGACAGCGAGUCCAGGAUGGGCGAAUACAACGAACAAGUACUGCGACUCAUGCAGAGCCUGGGGAUUGACCAGCACAAGACCAUCGAGUCCCUCCAGAACAAGAGUUACAAUCACUUUGCUGCUAUUUAUUACCUGCUUGUGGAGAGGCUGAAAUCUCACCGGAGCAGCUUCCCGGUGGACCAGCGGCUCGACGCUCGACAACGACGGCCAAGCACCAUCGCCGAGCCGACCGUCGCCAAGGUCAGCACUGUAGGACCUCAGGUGAGCCUUCUGCCUCACAGUGUCCGGCUGCUCCGCUCCCCAGUCCUCCCACAGGCCCCCACCUUCCCACAAUCCUCGGGCCCUGCCGACAUCAGCUUCAUGGAGGACGACGUUGUGGGCACGCCCAAGGUGAAUGGAUCCCUCCUGGAGCCCCUGCCCCCCCCAGCGGUGCGCAAGGGCUGCCCAGCGUCUCCUAGCAACAUGAUGGAGACCUCCAUCGACGAGGGGAUCGAGACGGAGGGUCCGGAGUGUGAGGAGGACCCCCUGCUGGUCUGCACUGCCUUCCAGAGCUCCCGCUACGGGCAGCGCAGGCACACCCUGUCCGAGGUCAGCAACCAGCCCGGCAUGGCUCCCAGCGCUGGGAAGCUGUUUGCUAUGAGCACUGACCCCUCUCUGGGCAGCAUGGACUCUGAGUACGAGACGGGCUCUGUCCACAGUGACCUCAGCUUACUGGAGGAGCCCCCCGGUCUGAGCAGAAUGACUCCUCCGUUCAUUGGAAUGAGACCCCCGAACCCGGCGAUGCAGGCCCUGAGCGCUCAGAAACGAGAGGCACACAACCGCUCCCCCGUGAGCUUCCGCGAGGGCCGGCGAGCCUCCGACACGUCCCUGACACAAGGAACCGUGGCAUUCCGGCAGCACCUCCAAAACCUGGCGCGGACCAAAGGGAUCCUGGAGCUCAAUAAGGUGCAGAUGCUGUACGAACGGAUGGGCUCCAGUGAAGACCCUGCCCUCGCGUCCACAGCACCCCACCUGCAAGACCUCCUGGACAGGCAGCAGCAGGGUGAACCUCCCCAGCAGCAGGAGGAUGUAGCAAUGUUCCAAAACCCAAUCCACCCUCAGUUACUGUCCCGACGGCAGAGUCUGGAGACCCAGUACCUAACGCAUAGACUGCAGGAAGCCAGUCUGUUAGCACAGGCACAGAACAGCUGUCAGAUGUACUGCAAGGAAAGCCCGAGAAGUCUGGAGCAGCAGCUUCAAGAACACAGUACGGGGGUCCAGGCUGCCGUGAGCAGCACUCCAACCCUGUCUCCCUCUCCUCCUCGCAGGCUGCACCAGAAGCGGCUCUUCCUGCAGAAACAGUCCCAGCUGCAGGCCUACUUCAACCAGAUGCAGAUCGCAGAGGGUUCCUACGCACCUCCGGACCAGCCUCCCCGGGCCCCAGUGCAGCUAGCCCAGCAGAGCCCUCAAAGCCAGGCCCAGGCUCAGCAGGUCCCGGGCCAGUACCUCAGCCCAGUACUGGAGCCCCCAGGAGAGCAGCAGCUCCAGUACGAUCCCUACCUUGGCCAGUACCCAGUCCAGACACCCAGCCACCUCUACCACCUCCCUCCGCAGCAGGAGGCUCUGAACUACAGCUACCAGCCCUGCGAGCUGGGCCCGAACCCCUCCCCCUCCCCAGAGCACUACCAGUACCCUGCGCACCCGGCAGCAAACUCCCCUCUCGCUGUCCCCGAGCUGCACAGCUCGCUGUUCGACUGCGAAAUGAUGGAGACCGUAGACCCCCAGAACGGCUUCGUCCUGGUGAACUAAACAAACACUACUACAUGAAAACGCAGUAUUACCUCCAGGAAGCACGGGGAGGGGAAAGCAGGGAGGAGGAGCAAUUAGUUUUUUCCUUCAAAGAUUUUUUUGCCCUAGCGACCAGGAGAACAUGGGUCGACCAAAAUGAGACGGGUACGUGCGACGAACUGACCGCCCCUGAACCCUUUUGGACCACAGCAAGGGACUGGAGCGUUUAGCAAGAGUUUCAUCGCUGAAGGUACACCUCAAUUUAAGCACAACAACUUUUUAGAUAGGAAAAACACUGCACAUUGCACACAGGCCUCCUUCAGCACGGAGGAGCUGGUUUAACACAGGCAGUGCGGACGGCAUUGCUGUGCAACAUUAAAGCAAUACUUUCACGACUGUAGGAAGUCCAGCACAGUUGCUGCUAGGGUGGUUCUUGUAGAUCCUCGGUCAUAGACUGGAGAUCUCUUCACACUGGACCCUGUCGUUGAACCUUUACGACUGACCUUACAUGAAGCUUCAUCUUUUUAUUUGAUUGAUUGAUUUAAAGGGGCGUGCAUUUUCUUGUGAAAUAUUUUUCAGAAAUGUGUAAAAGAAAAACUGAGGACAAUAAACUGAAGUGGAUUUGAAAGAAGAAAAAAAAGAACACCUGUAAUUUUAAAAGACACAUUUAAAUAGAAGCUCUGUAACCCGUUCAGGGACGUGAGAUCAGCUGUGGACAGGAAAUGAUCUCCCUGUCUGAGUGCAGCUCUGUAGCGAGCUUCCUGUCUGACUGCAGCUCUGGUCUCGAGGUGCUGCAUAAUGUUUAGUGCUUGUUUAUCAACAACACAAAAACUGUACUUUAAAACAAAACAAAUUCUAACAUUGCUGGUCGUCUAAUGAAGCUUUGUAUAAAUUAGGGUUUUAGAAAUUGUAUGGAAAUGUUCCUUUCAAGAAACACGUGUGUGUACUAGUGCUGUGCCUUUCUUUAAUUUAAAAUGAAAGAUUUGUAUUUUUUAGUUUUUGUCUGGAAUAUUGGGUAAAGUCCCAUUUAUACAAAAAGGUACAAACCAAAGUCCUGUGAGUGUUUGUGCUGCUUUGGUGUUGUGUUCCACUGUGUGGAGUACAGGACGGACCUUUCCACUUAUUUCAAAGAGAAACUAGCUUCAAACCUCAUUUCAAUUGCUUUUUGUUUUUUCCUGUUUGACGAUGUUUGCAAUCAUUCAGAGCGGGUCACAUGCUUCUCCAGCAUCGAGUCUUCACAGCGCUGAGCUUGUAGAACACCUUCCUCAUUCCAUUCAAAUCACAUGACGCCUUUCAACCCUGCCAGCCCCGCCCACUCUACACACGCAGACAGAGCAGUUCCAUAUAAAUCACAUGACGCCUUUCAGCCCCGCCCACUCUACACACGCAGAGACAGAGAGCAGUUCCAUCAAAUCACAUGACACCUUUCAACCCUGCCAGCCCCGCCCACUCUACACACGUAGACAGAGAGCAGAACCAAACAACAUCAGUGAGACGAGGAACUUCUGCCCAGCGAAGCUCAUCGGCUUCCGAGCAGCUGAUUGAUCUCAAAGUGAUUCAGCUUCGACAACAUGACUAGGUAACCCAUCCCAUUCCCUCAGCACUCUCUGUGUGAAGAAGAGUCUCCUUCAUCAUCAUGACUAGAUAACCCAUCCCAUCCCCUCAGCACUCUCUGUGUGAAGAAGUCUCCUUCAGCAACAUGACUAGAUAACCCAUCCCAUCCCCUCAGCACUCUCUGUGUGAAGAAGAGUCUCCUUCAUCAUCAUGACUAGAUAACCCAUCCCAUCCCCUCAGCACUCUCUGUGUGAAGAAGAGUCUCCUUCAGCAACAUGACUAGAUAACCCAUCCCAUCCCCUCAGCACUCUCUGUGUGAAGAAGAGUCUCCUUCAACAACAUGACUAGGUAACCCAUCCCAUUCCCUCAGCACCGUGUGAAGAAAUGUCUCCUUCAGCAACAUGACUAGGUAACCCACUCCAUCCCCUCAACACUCUCUGUGUGAAGAGUCUCUUUCCCUCUGUCCUGAGUCUAUUUCCAAGUAUUGGUAGGAUUAACUCCUUUUAAGAUUUGAAGGACCACAUCAUGCCCCCCCUUUUUUUCCAGGCUCAAUAGAUUCAGUUCUUUCAGCCUCUCUUCAUAUCUCAGUCCUUUAAAUCCUGCUGGGUUUACUCUACUUGCUAGUCUUCAGACUCUGUCCAGGGCAUUAAUGUCCCUUUAGUCCUGUGGUGACAGGACUGAGCUUAGUGUGUGGGCUAGCAGUCAUAGUGUCACAUGAUUUGAGAGGACAGAGGAUGACUACUCAGUCAUAGUGUCACAUGAUUCGAGAGGACAGAGGAUGGCUACUCAGUCAUAGUGUCACAUGAUUUGAGAGGACAGAGGAUGGUUAUUCAAUCAAUAAGGAGCAACAGAACCAAUCUGGAUGAUUGCAAAGAUCUUACAAGAGUAAGAGAAAUUUUAAAAACUUGAUUCAAAUGAUAUCUGAAGCGACAUUCUCUUUCAUAGUUGCUUCUGGUCAAUCAGUAUAUGCCGUAUAAAGUAUUAUAGCAAUAUUUAUAAUAAAGAUUAAUAAUAGUAA